UGACCAAAUAAAGGGUAAGAAAGAAAAAAAGCAAGAGAAGGAAUUAAUUUGUAGUCAUAUUUCUUGGUACUUCUCUUCAUUUUUCGAGAUUGGGUUGGUGUUCAAUCUACCUUACAGAGAUGGUGAGUGAAGAGGUUCCAACUCCUUCAAGAGUUGAAAGCUUAGCUAAAAGUGGAAUCAAGGCCAUUCCUAAAGAGUAUGUGAGGCCACAAGAAGAGUUGAAUGGAAUUGGAAACAUCUUCAAGGAAGAAAACAAAGAUGAUGGACCUCAAGUACCGAUGAUUGAUCUUACAGAAAUCGACUCAGAGGACAAGGAAAUUCGCGAAAAAUGCCACCAAGAUUUGAAGAAAGCGGCCACGGAGUGGGGUGUCAUGCACCUCGUUAACCAUGGCAUACCGGAUGAGCUAAUCAAUCGUGUCAAGGUUGCCGGAGGUACUUUCUUUGAUCUACCUGUUGAAGAAAAGGAGAAGUAUGCUAAUGAUCAACCCUCUGGUAAUGUCCAAGGCUAUGGCAGCAAGCUAGCAAAUAGUGCUUGUGGUCAACUUGAGUGGGAGGAUUACUUCUUUCAUUGUGUUUUCCCGGAGGACAAACGCAACUUGGCCAUCUGGCCUAAAACCCCUGCUGACUACAUUCCAGCAACAAGUGAAUAUACCAAGCAGAUCAGGAACCUAGCAACAAAGAUUUUUGCAGUGCUUUCUAUUGGGCUGGGACUAGAAGAAGAAAGACUAGAGAAGGAAGUUGGAGGCAUUGAAGACCUACUGCUUCAAAUGAAGAUCAACUACUACCCCAAAUGCCCACAACCAGAACUAGCACUUGGCGUCGAAGCUCAUACUGAUGUGAGUGCACUGACUUUCAUCCUCCACAAUAUGGUACCUGGUUUGCAACUCUUCUAUGAAGGAAAGUGGGUAACUGCAAAGUGCGUGCCUAAUUCCAUAAUCAUGCACAUCGGGGAUACCAUUGAAAUCCUAAGCAAUGGAAAGUACAAAAGCAUUCUUCACAGAGGAGUUGUGAACAAAGAGAAGGUAAGGAUUUCAUGGGCGAUUUUCUGUGAGCCUCCAAAGGAGAAAAUCAUCCUCAAGCCCUUACCUGAGACUGUCACCAAGGCUGAGCCACCUCGAUUCCCACCUCGCACCUUUGCACAACAUAUGGCGCACAAGCUCUUCAGGAAGGAUGAUCAAGAUGCUGCUGCUGAACACAAAUUAUUCAAGAAGGAUGAUCAGGAUUCUGCUGCUGAACAAAAAGCCUCCAAAAAGGAUGAUCAUGAUGUUGUUGCUGAGCUCAAAGUCCUCAAGGAGGACGAACAAGCUGCUGCUGCUGCUGCGCACAAAGUGUUCGAGAAGGAUAAUCAGGAUGUUGAUGCUAAGCACGAAGUCCUCAAGAAUGUUGCUGCUAAAGAAUCUGAAUAGCUUCUCUUGUUAUCAUACUCUGAUGGUUUUUUAUUUGUUGUUCCCCGAUUUUGUGUCCUCUGCUGUCUUUUUUUUUUUUUUUUCUUGUGGUGGGGUUGGGGGAGGGGGUGCAAAAUAUCAAGCAAUAUCAUCCUUUUUGUAUAGGAGCAACACAGCAUCUCGUGGAUGCUUUCAUCAAUAAAACUACAAUUAUUUUAUUAAAGGAAGAAGAAA